CUAUUGUCUAGCGCACAGUCAACAUUGCAGUCGUCAUGUCACGAGUUAUGCCGAUGUCUGGGUAGAUCUCUCCUGAGCUGCUAUUCAGGAUGGAUUCAGACUCUGUGUUCCCCAAUUGUGUGGUGUGCAGCACCUCCUUCAGGUACAGAGGACCACAGCCCCACCUGCUUCCCUGUCUACAUCCUGUAUGUGAUGACUGUCUCAAGUCACCAGAAGUCACAACCCUGGACUGCUCUGUCUGCUUGAAGAGUCAUGAUAAAAAUGUUGGGAGUUUCCCAGUAGACGAUGUUGUACUUGGUGACGUCCUCAACCAGACAAUGAAGCACAGACCGUCCGACUUCAAAUGUACCAACAAGGUGGAUGGAAACCAAGCAAUGUCUUGGUGUCAGGAAUGUGAGGACUAUUUCUGCGAGCACUGCCAUAUAUCUCACUCAGAGGUGAAAGCAACUAGGAAUCACACAAUGAAGUGGAUUUCUGAUCUUCCAUGUACAACGACAAGAUCAUAUUCCGACUGUGAGAAACACGGACAACGUUUGGACGUCUAUGAUAAAGACUGUGAUUGUUUGAUCUGUUUUCAAUGCUUCUACGAAGAUCACGCCAGUCACGGUACCGACACAGCUGAUAUGUUCUUGAGUCGUGAACAAGACGUCUUGAAGGCUUACAUAAAAUCUGCUUCAGAGAAGAAGGAAAAGAUCAUUUCAGCAAAAGAAACAGUUAUUGUACAAGCAACACGUAUUGACGAGAAGGCCGUUUCCCUUCGAGACACCGUUCAACACACCUUUUCUGAGCUGAGAGAUGUGAUAGGUCAGCGAGAGAAGGCUGUGCUUGUGGAGCUGGAUCAGCUUUUAGACUCCAUGAGGAAGAUCAAUGGCAGUCGUCAUCCUGUCCUGGAGUCAUCAGAGACAAGCUGCCAGACAGUCCUUGACUACACCAGCAGCAAGACUCUCCUCUAUGCCUCACCUUCCCACCUCCACAAAGUGAAGAGUUCCAUCACACAGGCCUUUGAGUCUUGUAUAAAGGCUGACGUUCCUGCUGUUCACAAAUGCGAACCGUGUGUCGUCUUCUCAAAGCAAGGUUUACCGGAUUUGAAAUCCUUAGUAUCAUCCUUUGGUAGUUUCAUGACUUCAGUUACCCAGACGGAAUCACCUAUGGAAGCAUCACUUAAAACAGGCCUUCAGAUGAAACUGGAAGCAGAUAUUCAUGACCUUCAGACACAGAACAGAGAGGCUCAGACGCUAAUCAGUGCACUGGAAAAGGAGGCCUCUCAGAAUGAACAGAAGGUGAAGACUUUGCAGGAGGAUUUAUCCAGACUUCAGGGGAUCGUAAUUCAGUUGCACCCCAUGGGCUACGACAAAGGCACGUGUCUGCAUGUGCUUGGGGCAGUGAACAGAGCGCGACAUGUAGUUGUAUGUCCAAAGAUGAUGUUUGAUUCCGACAGAGUAAACCUUUACAGAAGGCACACUAAUGACAGAAGGCCUUCUCGUCAACACCCAACAUCCUGAAUGGCG